AUGACAUCGGUGGACAUGUUGAAAGACGACUUUCUCUGCCAGGAGCAGUACAUUGUUGAGCUUCCUGAUGCCCUUGCCGAGGCUGCUCGUCGCAAUCCAGACUUUGCAUUUGAAUUCGUCUUUGAUAUUACUGGUCAGUCGGGAGAGAUGCACCUGUUGCGCCAGUACGACAAUCUUCUCCGUGUGUACCCCUUCAGAGUCUUUAAAACGCCCUUGGCGACAGAGUCAUAUGUGUCUGCUGAUGGAGACUACUACUAUAAAUCUGCAGACAUAUCAGACAUGAUCAUUGUCUACGAACCAGACAAAAUCCCUAAGCUGUUUGUUGACUAUGAAAUAUCACAGAAGGUCAAGCUAAUCUGCUCUGCCGCCGGAAACCCUGUCUUUGAUCCCAGUGUUAAUAUGAGCCCUCACGGCCUCACUCCUCCUACAGCGUGGGCUCCUUUCCAUCUGUGGCCAAACAUUCCAACAAGGCCGAGCUAUUUCCCUCCGGCUACUGAUGAGGUUGUGGUGACGUUUGAUGAGAUACACACAGACAAGAAGAAUCAAGCGGGCGCCAAAAUCGACUAG